AUGGCGGCUUCCAAUAUGAAAGUGGGAGAUCGAGUAGAGGUUUACCAACCCGGCCAUGCAUCGACCGGCCCUUACUUUCCGGCGACUGUUAUUCGUUCUCCAGCGAAGAUGAAGGGCAAUGUUAUCCUGUACUACGUUGAGUACGGAAUCCGUUCAUCGUCUCCUGAUCAUGAUCAUCCCCUUAGGGAAACGGUGAAUGCAGACAACGUUAGGCCCGCGCCACCAUUGUUGCCGGCCGAGCAACGUGUUUUGAAGACAGGCGAUGAUGUGGAGUUUUUCUUUCGGAACAGGUGGUUCCGUGGUGUUGUUGAGAGUAUGAAUGAGUGGUCGAUGUACACUGUUCGAAUGCACGACUCAACUCGACAAAUGGUAUGUCGACACUAUAAUUUGAGGCUUCAUAGGGAGUGGAAUAAUAUUGGGCGGGGUUGGAACCCACCUCUUCCAAACAAGGUGAAGGAGAAUAAGCCAUUGGAGAUGGAGAAGCCAUUAAUGGAGAUGGAGAAGUACUACUGUUCCAAUUCCAAACUUGAUGAUGAUGAUGAUGAUGAUGAUGAUGAUGAUGAUGAUGAUGAUGAUGAUGAUGAUGAUGAUAAUGAUGAUGAUGAGCUAAUUACUGAUCCUUUUUUGGUUCCACCACAUGAAUUCUACCAAUUUAAGUGCUCACAGAAAGUUGAUGCAUGGUACAAUAAUGAGUGGUGGGAGGGUCAAAUUUCAAAGGUUUUACCUUCUUCUUUCAGUUUUAAUGUCUACUUCAAACACACCAAUCAACACAUCACAUUCAAAUAUUCUUAUCUCCGCCCUCACUGGAUUGAAGAAACUGCUUCCAACUAACUAAUUAAUACCAUAUAUAUUAUUCUUUUGUAUGUAAAACAAACCUUUUUUUCAUUUAAUUAAUUUGCACCAU